AGGGGUUGGGCCUCGGCCCUAGACGGAGGGCAGAAGGAGGCAGGGUUACAACGAGGGGCGUGGCCAGGGCUAACACAGUGAUAGAGAGGGCGGGACUCCGGGCACGUUCCGCCAGGGGGUGGAGCGAAGGGGGCGAGGUUUCGUUUCAGCUACCUCCUGUCGCCUAGGCAACGGCAGCGCGGCAUCUUCCAGUGGGGCGCCCGGUGGCAGACGCGGAACGGAACUGCGCGGGGCGCGUGGGGCACGGCCGGGGGUCGCGUGGCGCGUGGCGCGGGGAGGGACCCGCGCGUGACGAGAAGCCCGCGGGACGAGGCCGAGGGACAGCCAUCAUGGCGGAGCGGAGUCAGACCGCGUCUGAAGCAGGCAAUGACGUUGGAAAUGAUGACAUCAUCGCAGGGAAUGUGAGCAAAUUCAUUGCCACCCCCCUCGGCUAUUUUGGGCCUCCCAAGAAGGGCCAUCUGAUCUUCGAUGCCUGCUUUGAGAGCGGUAAUCUCGGCCGGGUGGAUCACGUGUCCGAGUUCGAAUACGACCUGUUCAUCAGGCCCGACACCUGCAACCCUCGCUUUAGAGUUUGGUUCAACUUCACCGUUGAAAACGUGAAAGAAUCCCAGAGGGUGAUUUUCAACAUCGUUAACUUCAGUAAGACCAAGAGCCUUUAUAGAGAUGUGACCCCGAUGGUAAAGUCCACAGCCAGGCCCUUAUGGCAGCGACUGCCACCGAAAAACGUGUACUAUUACCGCUGCCCGGACCAUCGCAAGAACUACGUCAUGUCCUUCGCCUUCUGCUUUGACCGCGAGGAGGACGUGUAUCAGUUCGCGUACUGCUACCCGUACACGUACACGCGGUUCCAGCACUACCUGGACAGCCUGCAGAAAAGGAACAUGGACUUCUUCUUCCGGGAGCAGCUGGGCGUGAGCGUGCAACAGCGGAAGCUCGACCUGCUGACCAUCACGAGCCCCGACAACCUCAAGGAAGGCUCUGAGCAGAAGGUGGUUUUCAUUACAGGCCGAAUUCACCCCGGGGAGACUCCUUCCUCCUUUGUGUGCCAGGGAAUCAUUGACUUCCUUGUGAGCCACCAUCCCAUUGCCCGAGUCCUGCGGGAGCACCUGGUCUUCAAGAUUGCACCAAUGUUGAACCCUGAUGGAGUCUACUUAGGAAAUUAUAGGUGCUCCCUGAUGGGGUUUGAUCUGAAUCGUCACUGGCUGGACCCUUCCCCAUGGGCCCACCCGACUUUGUAUGGGGUGAAACAGCUCAUUAUCCAGAUGUACAACGACCCGAAAACCAGCCUGGAGUUCUACAUUGAUAUCCAUGCACACUCCACCAUGAUGAAUGGCUUCAUGUAUGGCAACAUCUUUGAAGAUGAGGAGAGGUUCCAGAGACAAGCCAUCUUCCCCAAGCUCCUGUGCCAGAAUGCUGAAGACUUCUCCUUUUCCAGCACAUCCUUCAACCGGGAUGCAGUGAAAGCAGGAACUGGCCGGCGCUUCCUGGGAGGCCUGCUGGACCACACGUCCUACUGCUACACCCUUGAGGUGUCUUUCUUCAGCUACAUCAUUGGGGGUACUGCAGCAACUGUGCCCUACACCGAGGAGGCCUAUAUGAAGCUGGGGCGGAACGUGGCUCGGACCUUCAUGGACUACUAUCGCUUGAACCCCUUUGGGGAGAAAGUUCCCUUUCCGGUCCCCAGGCUCAGGAAGGAAAGAUCACCUCCAUUCAAGUGCCCACAUGGUCGGGCCCCCCCAGGUGCCCACAUCAAAGGAGAGAAGAAGAGCUCUUUCAAUCACAAAGACCAGUCACAGUCUUCAUAAAGACCCAGAGGAUGCUGGCAGGGGCUGGGAGAAGGGUCGUCUUCCAAUGCCAGCAGAGGCUAGAGAGUCACAAAGGAGGGUCCACAAGCAGAGGCCCACCUUCCUUUCCCACAUGGGGAUUUCUGAAAUAAUAAGUAGCUUGGAAAGAGAGGGGAGAGUUGGAGGGGAUGGAGAAAGGCCACACAAAGAUCUCUAUGGAUCCAAAUAUUGGCCAACCAAAAAGAUGAGUUAUAUACCUGUCCCAAGAAAGGUGUUGGGUGUGUAUAUACAUAUAUGUAUGUGUAUCUAUUUAUAUAAACAUACAUACAUAUGCAUAUAUGUUUCUAUAUCAUAUAAGCAGACACUGAAAGAUAAUGUGUUUACACGUCACACUCAGGUUUUAUAUAAGCCGGAUGAUGGCUACAUUUGAACCAAUAUGGUGGCAGUUUACUCCCGACUUUCCCUUUCGCCCAUAAUAAAUUGGAUGCAAACCUUGAGCUCAUUUGCUGAUGAGCCAAUAGAAUUCAAAUGAUAUUCUCUGUAGCAGAAUGACCCAGAAUUCCCAGAGCUGCACACAGAAAUCCCAUCCAACUCUCUGGUCUUUGCCCUUUCCAUAAGGAUCAGCUCCACGGUCACAAGAUAACGGCUCAGCCCAACCCAAAUACUGUUGGAGAGCUUCUGGCUUUCUCUGCUCUUGUCUCCUUCCUGCAGGCAUCAGUGGAGAUAGAGGGAGGCUGAUGCCCUUCCUCAGGGCUGAUGGCGAUAGCUGCUGCUGCCCAUCUCCUCUCACAGCUCAGCUCAUAUGGCUUUCUUUUUUUAGUGUGGCAAAAGAGCUGGUGUUGGGGCACGUCCCUCCCAUCAGCUGUACAAUGGUUAGUCCAUGAGACUCUCCCCUUUCAUUCCAGAGCUUUCAUAAGUUGCCUGCUUUGCUAGGAACCGCCAUUUUUUAAGCAAAGGAUUCUGGUUCCCGCAGCUUUGUUCACUUCUAUAUUGAGCACCCUAGCAUGAAGCUCCCCCCAAUAAGUGCUCCCCAAAAGCUGCUCCUGCAUUCCCUGAGCAGCUUAGGCUCAGGGUUGGUGGAUCCUUCCAACAGGUCUCUUCUUGCUCAUUUAUUCCCCAGCUCCCUUUGCACAGAUGGAGGCUUGGCACCAAUGCCUGCCUUGACCAUACCUCAUGGGCCACAUCCAGGGCAGGUUUGGGGUGGGGGGAAGUGAUUGUCACAGGAAAAGAUUGGAAAAGAGGGAGAGGAACCAUCCUUCCCACGGAUCCAAUCCUCCUGGCCGCGUCUGGCGGAGAGAUGGAGGGCCACAAAAAUCCGGCGCCCCUUCCUUUCAUCCACCGUCCCAGGGUGGUGUGGCAGAGGAAAGUGCCUUAGUAUGAUGAAUGUGGCCUCAACGGCUGCCGGCGGCUCCCUGUCUAGGUAAGCAGCAAGCUGAGUAACUGUGACAGCCGAUAAUUAAAAUGACCUCGCAGAGACACAGAUGAGGAGAAGUGCCAGCCAGCAGGGUGGAGGCGGGACAAGGUGUCCUUUGAAUUCAUGCUGCCUUCGCGGACAGCUCCUGUUGGGCCACGGCCCAUGUUUCUGUUGAAUAUUGUUCAAAGUUGGCUAUAGAAAUUGAGAAAGAAAUUUCCGUGUUUUCUUCUUGCAUGACGGUUUUUAAGCGUGGAUGCCAAGAGCCCUCCGUUUGUGGGCUCGGAAGCACCUCGCUGUGUGCCCCUUCUCAUGGGGCCCUGGUUGGAGGAAGUGGAAUUAAAGUGGUUUGUGCACCA